AUGGCGGCUAAUGCGGCAGUGAGCAAAGAUGGGCUCUUCAUCCCCCUCAUCGACUUCUCCGAGUUUCUAAAUGGCAACGCAUCUACUCGCCAAAAGACAGCCGAGGCCAUCCUCAAAGGCUUCCAAGAUGCCGGCUUCAUCUAUCUGAAGAACCACCCAAUCUCCCAGGAAACCGUCAAGCACACCUUCGACAUGUCGGCAAACUUCUUUGCCCAACCUCUGGAAAAGAAAGCGGCCCUGUCGUGGACCACUCCGCAGGCCAACCGCGGGUACGUGGCCCACGGGCGAGAAAAGGUGUCGCUGCUCAAGGACAAUGCCGAGGUGGAAAAGGUGCGCAGCGCGGUGCCGGAUCUGAAGGAAAGCCUUGAGAUCGGCCGGGACGACGAAGAAGGGCAUCCGAACAAUUGGCCUAGCGAAGAGGGCUCCAUUGUGGGCUUCCGGGCGGACAUGGUGAGCUUCUUUGAGCAGUGCAAGGCGUUGCACGUGCAAGUCAUGCGGGCCAUUGCCAUGGGGAUGGGUUUCGAAGAGACUUUCUUUGAUCGGUUUGUUGACGUGGGCGAUAACAACUUGCGGCUGCUGCAUUAUCCGGAAGUCAAGUCGGAUGUCUUUAAUACGCCAGGCCAAGUUCGUGCCGGGGAGCACAGCGAUUACGGAUCUAUUACUCUUCUGUUCCAGGAUGACCGGGGCGGUCUUCAGGUGAAGAGUCCCAACGGAACGUUUGUUGAUGCGACUCCUAUCGAAGGUACCAUCGUUGUCAAUGCCGGCGACUUGUUGGCGAGAUGGAGCAACGAUACAAUCAAGAGCACUAUUCACAGAGUCGUUGAGCCGCCAAGGAAAGAGGGCACGACGUAUCCUUCACGAUAUAGCAUUGCCUACUUUUGCAACCCCAACUUCAAGGACCUGAUUGAGGCGCUGCCGGGGACGUAUGCUACCGAGCACGAGAAGAAGUAUGCCGGCAUCAACAGCGGCGAUUACCUCGUCCAGAGACUCACGGCGACAUAUUGA